AUGGUCGAGGGAGCCUGCUUGGUGUGCGGCAACAGGACGACGAAGCGCUGCACGCGUUGCUUGCACGAGUCUGGCAUCGACCUCUUCUGCUCGCCGGAAUGCCAGAAGCUCGUCUGGCGAGGACACAAGCUCUUCUGCGGCGCUAACGCGUUCCCUCUCGUCUUGCCCUUCCUCACCCCCGCCGAGGCUGAGACCGCCAUCGCCAACCUCGACAAGCCGGCCAUCCCGAUCGAUGACAAGGACAAAGAGCGCGACGUGCCCAUCUCUCAAGUGGCUCGCUCUGAAGCUAUCCAGACGCGAACUCACGACCCAUCUGAGACGAUCAUCGUGCUCGCGCUCGCCGCCAAUCGCGUUGAUGAGGGACCUUUCAGCGAGGGCUCCUUCCGAGUGGACGUCUUGAAUUGGCUCCUCAAACAGCAUCAGGAUCUUUUCAACAACGCCAUACUACCGGCGCAUAUGCGGAACGCCAACCGCGCUCAGACAACGUUGCUACACGACUUAGUCUGCCUGCUCACGCUCGUGCGCGUCGGUCGUAGCGCGGACGGGGAUGUUGCCGAAGCGCAGUUCCAGUCAGUCGCCUCGUGCAUGAAGGCUUUGUUCGCCUACACCGCGGCGCAUUUCCCAUUCUCGGCAGUCCUGGCGCUCGCAUCGAGCCUAGGCGGCGAAGAUGCGGUCAUGCGCUCUUGA